AUGGGCAUCGAUCAGAGGCCCAUGCUCAUAAAGAGCAUUAAUAUGCUUCCCAACUUUCUUACAUCAGUUAGGCUCAAGUACGUGAAGCUUCUGUAUCACCACGUUAUCUCCAACGCCAUGUUCCUCUUUCUCAUACCAGUUCUGGUUUCUGCUUCUGCUCAUCUGUCAACUCUCUCAAUCCAAGAUAUUCUCCAGUUAUUAUGGCAAAGCUUCAAGUCCGGAUCCGGUCUCGUCCAUGUGACGCUGUGUUCAUGUCUGCUUACAGUACUCUUAGCCACCAUCUACUUCAUGAGCCGUCCACGACGUGUUUACUUGGUGGAUUUUGCGUGUUACAAGCCUGACCCAGCUUUCAUGUGCACAAAGGAGCUGUUCAUGGAAAGAUCAAGGCUAUUAGGUCACUUCUCAGAGAAGCACUUGUUGUUUCAGAAGAAGAUUCUGGAAAGAUCUGGUUUGGGACAGAAGACGUAUUUCCCUCCUGCAUUGUUCCGUAUACCAAUUAACCCAUCUUCCACUGAUGCGAGAAAGGAAGCAGAGGACGUGAUGUUCGGAGCCAUUGAUGAGCUUUUCGAGAAAACUGGCGUGAGGGUUAAUGAUGUUGGGAUGUUGAUAGUGAACUGUAGCUCCUUCAAUCCUGCACCGUCUCUGUCUGCCAUGAUCGUCAAUCACUACAAGCUGAGAGGGAAUAUCAAAAGCUAUAAUCUUGGAGGUAUGGGAUGCAGUGCUGGCCUUAUCUCUGUUGAUCUUGCCAAGCAACUUUUGCAGGUGCAUCAAAACUCUUAUGCCCUAGUGGUAAGUAUGGAAAACAUAACUCUAAAUUGGUAUACCGGCAACAACCAAUCGAUGCUCGUUUCAAAUUGCCUCUUCCGAGUGGGCGGAGCAGCAAUUCUGUUAUCCAACCGUUCAUGUGAUCGCCGCCGUGCCAAGUACCAACUUGUUCACAUAGUUCGAACACACAAAGGUGCAGAGGACAAAUCAUACAGCUGCAUCUUCCAACAAGAAGACUAUAACAAAAACCUUGGCGUCUCUCUCUCCAAAGACCUCAUGGCUGUUGCAGGCGAAGCCCUAAAAGCCAACAUCACCACCCUCGGCCCUCUGGUCCUUCCCAUGUCAGAGCAGCUUCUGAUCUUCUUCACAUUGAUCGCUAGAAAGGUUCUGAAGAUGAAGAAGGUCAAGCCCUACAUUCCAGACUUCAAGCUUGCUUUUGAGCACUUUUGUGUUCAUGCUGGAGGAAGGGCGGUUUUGGAUGAGGUGGAGAAGAACUUGAGGCUCAGGGAUUGGGACAUGGAGCCUUCGAGGAUGACACUGUACAGAUUUGGAAACACUUCGAACAGUACGUUGUGGUAUGAAUUGGCGUACAGUGAAGCUAAAGGGAGGGUGAAGAAGGGUGAUAGGGUAUGGCAGAUUGGUUUGGGGUCUGGGUUUAAGUGUAACAGUGCCGUGUGGCGUGCCUUAAGGGAAAUUAAUACUGCGAAGCAGAAUAAUCCUUGGAUGGAUGAGAUUCAUGAGUUUCCCGUUCAAGUUCCUAAGGUGGCAACCAUUGCUAACCCGAACUCAUCCAAAAAAAUUUAUGAUUGGGCUGCAGAGGACAAGGAAUUUGUUGAUCAGUCAUUAUCUCAACCAUCUUCCACUUGCUAA